CGGAGACACACACGCCGCUCGAAUUCCCCACCCCCACCGUCGCCGCCGCCGCCGCCGCCGCCCCGCCGUCGCGGCGCCAUGCUCCACCUCCGGCAGCGCGUCCUCUCUCAUCUCCUCUCCGCGGCACCAACUCCCUCUACCUCUCCACUCCUCCGGCACCGCCUCCUCUCCGCCGCCGCGCCCGCCAUUUCCCCGAAUCCUAGCUUCGCCGUCGAGGAGUACCUCGUCGCCACCUGCGGCCUCACCCGUGCGCAGGCACUCAAGGCCUCCUCCAAGCUCUCCCACCUCAAGUCCUCCGCCAACCCCGACGCCGUGCUCGCCUUCCUCGCCGGCCUCGGCCUCUCCGGCGCUGAUGUCGCGGCCGUCGUCGCCAAGGACCCGCAGUUCCUCUGCGCCGGCGUGGAGAGAACCCUGUCCCCCAUCGUCGACGGGCUCACCGGCCUCGGACUGUCGCGUUCUGAAAUCGCGCGACUCGUCUCGCUCGCCCCGGUCAAAUUCAGCCGUAGAUCCGUCGUCUCCAAGGUAGAGUAUUACCUGCCGCUCUUUGGCUCCAUCGACAACUUGCUCCGGCCCCUCAAACACGGCUCCGGCUUCCUCGGCUCCCACCUCGAGAGGGUGGUCAAGCCCAAUGUGAAGCUCCUAGCAGAGUGCGGGCUAGGUGCUUGUGAUAUUGCCAAGCUCUUCAUCCGUGAGCCAAGGAUGAUUAGCGCCAAACCAGGGCGUGUCCUGGCGAUGGUUGCGUGCGCUGAACGUUUAGGUGUGCCCCGUGGCUCUGGAAUGUUCAGGCAAGCGCUGCACACCAUCUCAUGCUUCAGCGAGGACAAGAUCGCUGCCAAACUGGACUACUUGAAGAAGACACUUAGGUGGUCAGAUGGCGAGGUCCGCAUUGCUGUGUCCAAGUGUCCGGUUUUGCUGAGUAGGUCAAAUGAUGUGCUGCAGCGCCUGUCAGAGUUCCUUAUCUCUGAGGCGGGGUUGGAGCCGGCCUACAUUGCACAUCGCCCUGCUAUGCUCACUUACAGCCUGGAGGGACGGCUUAGGCCCCGCUACUAUGUUGUGAAAUUUCUUAAGGAGAGUGGAUUGCUAAAUCAUGACAGAGACUACUAUAGUAUGGUGGUGGUCAGCGAGAAGGAAUUUGUGGAGAAGUUCAUAUGCCCUCACAAGCAAGCUGCACCACACCUUGCUGAAGACUAUGCAGCUGCUUGCACAGGGCAGGUGCCUGCUACAUUCAGAUUUACAUGAACCAAGAAGCAGGAAAAAGGAUUGCUAGAGCGCGAGUGGAACUACUAUUCAGCAGUCUUGGUGACAAAGAAGAUUUUCAUGGAAAAGUUCGUAUGCCCUCAUGAGGAAGCUGCCCCCACCUUGCCGAAGACUAUGCUGCCACUUGUAGGGAAGUGCCUUCUAAUUUCAGAAUUACAUGACCAAGAACGGGCCAUGAGAAUUUGUAAUUGCGUAUGGCGCAAAAAAGUUUACACUGUGUAGUGAGCUGGUAAUCUCUGUCUGUGUGCCUGAGUGGAUGUUGGUUGUCUGCUAUAAUAUGUCAGGUACAUGCUAAUUUAGCGUCUCUAGUCCUGAAUGAAACUGAUAAUUUUACUGUGAGUCCUUGUAUGUCCAUUACAUCAUUCAGUUGAGAAGAAAGAAUUUACAGUACAAUUAACCUGUCCAUUGUGAUGUCAUAUUGGCAUGCAUACUAGAACUAAGAGAGUGUGACAUCAGGGCAUUCUGCAAAUGCUUUCAAAUAUAUUAAUGAAGAGUAUAUCUGCACGCCCUAUAUGUUUAUGUUCUCAAUUGUCAUUGCAGCUUAAUCCUGGGUCAAUCUAUCUUUCCAUGAAAAAAGGUUCUCAUUUUUCCCAUGAAGAUGAUAUGAAGUCCCAAAAUUGGCUGAAUGUCUUUUUUUAUGGGAACAAAUCUGGAAUUUAUGUGUUAGUCACUGCUGAGGUUGCGGUUUUGAUCUAGUCGGUUGGUUGCUUCCUCUAGUUUUUCUGAGUUGAAACUCUUCAUCCUUCCUGCAGUAGCUUUGUUUACAAGAUAUUAACUGUUGUGAAAGCAGGUCAUUGUUUACUACUAGUAGUUUGUAUCCGUUUUUCCGUUUGUUUUUCUCUUAUAUUCUUGGAUGGCCUACUGGCUGAUACUUUUUAUAGGAGUAUCUGAUGUCAAAACUGAAUACUUCAGUAGUUGGCCAGUAGCAUUUUGUUGACAGCUUACCCAUUUAACACUAUGUAACGGAUAUUUUGAAGGCCCUUGUAUUUGUACCAGAGACACAAAUUGAUGCCUGUAUGGUAUGGUGCCAAAAAACAGAGGGCAUUUCAUACACUAUGAAGGAACUUAUGUUAAGGUAAUCUUCAAAAGGGUCUUGGCAUUACCAUGUUAAUCUCUGCCAUACCUGUUAAUUAAUUUAUUCCAUAUUAGCACUAUUUAUAUAGAUGCGGUCACCUUUAUCCAUUGACAUAAUUUUUAAGAGAUAGUAAGGUGGAUCUUAUGUACCAUCCUCUGUUUUAUGUUUUGCAUUUUUAGAUGACUUUUAUAUUUGCUUUAGUUGUGUUGGUUAGAAUCUCUUCUGAAGACAUGUAGGCUGGAAUUGGAGAAAGGAGAAUGAAGAUGUCGAAGACUAUUACCUUAGCCAAAAGAGAUGGUCCUAGACAGAGAUGAUAUCCUAACCAAGCUUGGUACAGAGUAUUAACAUUUGAGGAAAUGCAGUAUUUUUCUCAGAUAUACUGAAUGUCAUAUCUUCUGUUUUCAGUUAAAUCUCAGUUUAGGGCUAGGCACGCAUGUACCAUCUGUCAGAUAUAGCGUAGUUAUAGAAUCUUGCAGAAUUUUGAACACGGAAAUUUCCUCAACUAAGAUUCAAGUCUUUGUGAGGAGAGGAUGGUGCACAUUUGUAUGUUCUUGAUGUUAGGCUGUGGAAAUCGGAAGAAAUGAGAUCUUAGCUGUGUGCUUGCUAUUAUUGGCAAAGAGCUCUGAUUUGAAGUGAAGAUCAGUUGUGUGUCUCUUCUCUAGUGCUUAGGUUAGCCUGUGGGAAUUAUAGAAAUAAGAUUAUUGCAAUGAAGGUUAGCCUGUGGGUCGAUUGAUGGAAGAGGUGACUUGCCAGGUGAUUAUGAAUUGAAAAAUGGUACUUUCAUCAAGUAAGAAUUGGCUGGGCAAUAAAGAGGAGCAUACUGACUAAUUUACUGAAUGUUGUAGAUUGAUGGUGCUUUCUUUCUUCCAGGAGAAGAUGUGAUGAAACUGGAUAUAGAUGCAUAGUUUGUUCUUCUUUAUGAAUGAUGAAACUGGAGAUCGACCAAGUAUGUUGGCUGGGCCUUUGCUACACUGCACUUGAUUCUGAAGGCUUUGUUAGUUGAUGAUGCCCUGAAGCUUCCUUAUGUAACAAGUAUUUAUAACCUGACGCAUUCUGGGGUUUUAUUCAGAGAAGCUCCUACUUUUCUCUUUCUGAAUUUUGCAAGUUAUUUAAUUUUCUCGUAUUGCCCUAGAUAUUGUAUGUAAACUUUAGAUAUGUUACACUUGGUGCAUUUAUAUUUCUAUGGUUGAAGGAAAUUAAACAA